UCGUCUUUAUCGUUUUUCUGUCCCUUGACUAAAGGGAGAUACCUCUUGCAAAGCCGAUCGCGACUGCGACGCAGCAUAUCUAAAAGGCUAAAAGCCACAAGAAAUAUAAAGAUGGAGAAAUACUCGUACCAAAAGGUCUUAGGGAUGGGGAAUUUUGGGAAAGCAUGGUUAGUACGAUCACGAGAGAGUCGUCGACCUUAUGUCAUCAAGGAGAUCAACGUGGUGUGCAUGGGCGAGAAGGAGAGAGAAAGAGCUGUCAACGAGGUCGCUAUUCUGGGCCGGUUGAGACACGUGAACAUCAUACGGUACCGGGAAGCUUUCGUUGCCGGGGGAGGCGGGAUAUUAGCUAUCGUUAUGGAGUAUGGUGAUGGAGGAGAUUUGGCGAGGAAAAUCGAGGAAGCCAAACUGUCGGGGCAGAGUAUUAGUGCCCCUCAAAUCCUGAACUGGUUUGUGCAACUCUGCCUCGCCCUCUACUAUAUGCAUUCUGAGAAAGUCUUACAUCGAGACCUCAAGCCAUCAAAUCUGUUUCUAACAUCGAAAGGCCUCAUCAAGGUGGGUGACUUCGGAAUCUCAAAGAUGUUACAACAUACUCUGGACCACGCCAGUACUACAAUUGGGACUCCUUACUACCUAUCACCAGAAAUCUGCCAAAAACAACCAUACAACCAGAAGAGCGACAUGUGGGCAGCAGGUUGUAUUCUCUAUGAAUUAGUCACUCUCACACGCCCCUUCGAAGGACAUGCAUUCCCAACCCUCAUCAUGCGUAUUCUAAGGGGCUUGUAUACUCCUAUUCCAAGGAACUACGGAACCGUCAUUGAGGAGCUGGUGACAGUACUUCUAUCUGUGAAUCCCGGUAUGCGACCAUCAGCCCAUGCCAUUCUCACCUCACACAGUAUGCGACCAUUCGUCAAGGCUUUCACUGACCAGAGAGAACUCCUAGUUAACUCGCCCGCACCAAGUCCCGAGACAGUGUGUCAAACUCAAUCCAAGAAAUAUGAAGACGAAGGUCUUUUUCAGGUUGUGUCUAUGAACUCUCCUUACGCAAUAACCCCACGAUCUCAACGUCAAAACGCUUCGAGACGUGUCCGAAGGUUCCAAAAACCAGAGCCAUGUUUUGACAAUCCCAAAGGACAAAGCAGACAAAUGAAACCAAGGACGGAUUCUCCGAUGGUUAAGGACAAGAGAAGGACUAGGGUCACAAAGAAAUCAACGGAAGCGAAAUCGAGAAUCUUCCACCUCUACUCUGCAAGCGAACCAAUCCAUCUUGGCGAUGCGCCCAUGCCUUCUCACUAUAGACCUGCAAGAGCUAUGAGUCAACGGAAAUCAUCCAAGAAACCACAAACACCAGCAGCUCAUCGCGAAGGGCGCAUCUCUGACGGCGUCUCUAGAUAUGGAGCGUGUUGUCGACAAAACUCAAAUGCUUCCAUGGAAAAGUCUCGUAGAAAAGAACUAGAUGCGACGCCCUCUACAGUAUCCAGAAAAAGAAGGUCUUGCGCUCCAGCGAUGGAUGGAAGUGCGUAUGAGUCUCAUUAUCAUUCAUCUGACAUGUCAUCUAAAAUCCCAUCCAAGAAACGUCGACAAUCACUGCCUGAACGAGUGAAAGAUUCUAAGUUACUCUCUCGGCUUCUCUCAAGUGAAAGCAGGACCUCGAAGCGACUUCAUCCAAAGUUGAAUGAGAAGGUCCUCCAGAAGCCUGAACCUCAUCAAGAGCAUCGAAAGUCUUCUAGACAUAUGCUGAAGGCGAAGACUGAUAGGCGACAGAGUGAACCACCAACUACCAAAAUUGAAGUGAUGUCGACUCUGACCCCAAAGUUGAGAGAGAAACAUAGGGUCGGCAAAAUCCCGAGAACAGCACCAGCGGCGGAGAACUCCCAGAGAUCUAGAAAGGGAUCGACUGCUCCAAUAACUUGCCUCUUCCCCAAAUCCGCUGAAACAUCAUCACGACCUCGCACACGGAUCAAGCACGGGACAUACACUCUCAACCUUCCAAAUCUGUCCUCUGAUGAUAGACAGGCGCCCUCUAAGUGUGGCCAAUGUGAAUGUAGGCAAGGUAGACGGGCAUCAUCCAGGUCUAACUCCGAUGCAGACAUCAUUCCCUUCCACAGAAUCCAAGCCCAAACAGAGAGGAAACGAAACAGAAAUGAUGGAGAGGUUUCCGGUGAUGGCAUUUCAUCCGAGCCAUCUGGUAAUUUUGAUUCACCAAGUUCUUCAUCGGUUGGAAACUUCAGGAGAAGGAACGCACUCCGACGACGGUCUCGUGAGUACGUUCGACAGAAUAGUGACAACAAAAGAAUUCGCCUGGGAGCUAAACCUGAUGUGAUUCCUCCCAUUGAAGACGAAGUCUUUUUCGAACCUGCAGAAGAAGAACAAGGUGUUCAUUUAGGUAGAACAUUGGACCGCACUCGGACCGAUGCUCUGGAGAUGAAGCAAGACUUCGAGAUUGCAGAGUUCCUUCACGCUGGCAUGGAGAGGCCUGGUGAGCUGACCUCUGACCUGCGCGGGAAACUUGAACUCUUGCAGAUGUACCUUGAGCGUCGCCUCGGCACAGAACGGUCCUCUGUGGCGUACAAUAUCCUCGCAUCCGCAUCCGGCAAGCAGCGACACACAAGCAGUGGACAUUCUACCGAUGGCACAAGCACGGAAGAUGUUGUCAGGCUCGUGGCCGAGGUCCUAGGACCUGGUAAAAUGAGCUACUUUCCUGUCCUCGUGGAAGUUGUCAACCUGAGUAACCGCUGCCAUUGAACUGUAAAGCAUAUCACGUGAUCUUAAGAUCCACUCUGAAUAAGAUCACAAAGACUUCAAUUUAGGACAUUUUCAAUAGCCAUGCAUGUAACUUUUUGAAAUGUGUAAACAUAUUAACAAUGGAAUAAUGUUAUCAUCGUAAGGAGAUUUAUAUAGGCAAUACAUGCCAUAUAAAUUGUCCUUGAACUGAUUUCACGAAAGUCCUCGCCAUCUUGUUUGUGGAGUUAGUUUUAAGAUAAGGCAGUUCUACGUACAUGUAACUAUUUGUAUUACUAUUACACAAAGAAUUAAGCACGAUGAGUAGACCUUUACUUUUUUAUCCUCAUGAAGCAUAUAAAUAAUCUUUGACUUUCUUAUAUUUAAGCUCAUUUCUCCAUUUCGGAGCAGAAAAAUAUGAAAUUUCGUUUGCCAGAUGCAAAUCCCAGACAAUGUGUUCUUUGUACAUAAUUUACCGCAGUGUGCUUUCUGUAUAGCGAGAUUUCAUCGGCUGCCGUACAGAAAAUGAAAAUUUCCACAUGUGUCUUGUUUUUAAUUUGCUAUUUUGUUAUCGUUUAAUAUAUAUUUUUAUUCACCAAAUACUUUGUCAUAAUCAUGGAUUUCAACGAUGGCUUUGUCAUUUUUAUAUUGUCUGAAUUGAAGUUAUGUUACUGAUUUGGGGUGUUUUAUAGUGCGUUUAAUUGUUUCGACCCUCACUGUAGUUGAUCUCAAAAGAUAUAUGUGAAAUGUUAAUGAUGUUAUAUAUACCUUUAUUGUUUUUUAAUGUAUCUCAUAUUUAGGUCCUGUGGGCCCUUUUUUAUGGAAUUUAAAAUGUUUUUAUCACAAAUAAAUACUCACUAUUAUAUAAAUA